AUGUCUUAUCACGAGUGGAGGCGCGAGGCGACUAUUCCACAAAUCCUGUUCGGUCUCCACUGUCCGUACGGCAAGCCCUCUUCCCCCAUUGCCCGUUUCUUCUGGCGGCGACGCAUCUGGAUUGAGGCCACUUUCGCACUCUCCAUGAUGGAGCCCUGGGAGAGGUUCAUCGUCAUGUACGUGAUGUAUGCAAUCCUGCUCGCCCUCGCGUUCGCCGGCUUCUUCUACCUCCCGCACCACCUCUCCUUCCUCUACGCACGCGCCGAAUACUACCUCUAUGGCAGCGAC